AUGUCAAACUUGCAAUCACCGUACAAACAAUUUCAAAGUAGUAAGAAUCCCUCGAAUUUUGAUUUAGCCGCUUCUGAUUCAAAUUCCAAUCUGCAUAAAGACACUGGUAUGACUUCUGGUAAGAAUACAAUUUGGUAUUACGACGACUUUACUACCUACGGCAGAUCUAGUCUACUUCUUUUCAAAGUUCCCUUGGCUUUAAUUAUCGUUAAUUCUUUGUUAGUCUUAUUUAAUUUAUCAUCGAAUUAUUAUAAAUAUAAUGUUUUACACUUCAAAGAAAAAAAUAUUUUAGAAGAUUUAAUGUCAACUGACAAUUCUGAAGAAGAGGAAGAAGCAACUGAAAGUAAUGCACUUUUAAAUAAUAACGCAACAACAAAUCAUGCCUCAAUUGAACAGGAUCAACGCAAAUCAAAUACAAGCUUAGCUGAUAAGCACUUCUCAAUUGAACAAUUAAAAUUUAUUAAAAUGGACGGAUCUCCUCAUGGGAAACCAGUCAUACUUAGAAAAAAUUUAUUAGAAAACUUAAAUAACCUUUGUGAACUAUUAUUGGUUAUUUUACAAUUUUUCAUCCACUGCUACGUCUUGAAAAAUUUACCGUAUUUCAGAGAUGAUUUUAAUUAUAAAAAUGGGUUAAUUAAUUUAUUUCAGUGGACUUUUAUCCUUUUAAUCGUUAUAAUUAGAAAUUUAAUUAAUUUAAACUCAAAAUUCAAUUUCAAUUUCAAUAAAUACAUUGGUAACUCUUUUUGGAAAAUCUCGUUCUUAUCAUAUAUGAUUUUAAUGCCUCAGUUUUUGAUUAUUUUCCGUUCUUUAUCAUUAAAUCAUAUUGGCUCUACUAUAUCAAUUGAGUUUUUGAAAUCAAAUGCUUAUUUGAGGAAUUACUAUAUGCUCCAAGUUAUUAUUAAUUCAAUUUUAUUCUGUUUGUUAUUUUUUACAAAUUUCCAAUCGAAGGAUAAAAAUAUUUUAUAUAAGACUGAUGAUUGGAUUAUACCAUCUCCAGAAUCAAACUCGUCAGUUGCCUCAUUCAUUAGUUGGUCUUGGUUUAGUCCAUUUGUUUGGAGUUCCUAUUAUAACUCCAAAGUGGAGAAAAAAGAUAUUUGGGGGCUAAAUAUAAACGAUUAUUCUUUAUUGGUAAUGAAAAAAUUUAGAAAUUUCUCAGCUAAUUUUGAUAAAAGCCAAGCUUCUCCUGGUACAGAUAACAAUAAUAAAUCGAGAUUUAGCAUUAAAUUAAUUUUAUUUUUCUCAGAUUUAUUAUUAUUGCAAACAUUUUGGGCAUUUAUCGAUAGUUUGAUUGCUUUCUUUCCAACUAUUCUAUUAAAAAAAAUCUUACAAUAUAUUAGCGAUCCAACAGUAACAACCAAGAACGUAGCAUGUUGCUAUAUCAUCUUAAUGUUCAUUUCCAAGUGCAUUGUUGCUGUCUGUGAAGGUCAAGCUUUAUUUAUUGGGAGACGUAUUUGUAUUAGAAUGAGAUCCAUUAUUAUUUCAGAAAUCUAUAUAAAAGCUUUGAGAAGACAAAUCAUUACAAAAACUAAAAAAUCAACAGAUGAAGUUGAUCCAGAACAAUUAAAUGAAGAUUCAAAAAUAGACGGUGAUGAAGAAUCAACCGCUUCUGCUAAUGUGGGUGCAAUCAUUAAUUUAAUUGCUGUAGACGCAUUUAAAGUGGCAGAGAUUGGUGCUUAUUUACAUACUUUUAUUGGUACUAUCAUCAUGACUUUUGUAUCAAUUUAUUUGUUGUUUAAUCUAUUAGGUUCUGCUGCUUUUAUUGGUGCUCUCACUAUUAUUGUUUUAAUUCCAGUUAAUUAUAAAAUUGCAAAUUGGUUAGGUAAUUUACAACAAAAGAAUUUAAAAACAACUGAUAAGCGUAUUCAAAAAUUGAACGAAACUUUCCAGGCUAUUCGUAUUAUUAAGUUUUUUUCAUGGGAAAAAAAUUUCGAAAAUGAUAUUCAUAAGAUUAGAGAAGAAGAAUUAUAUAUCUUAUUAUUAAGAUGUUUGGUUUGGUCUUUCUCAACUUUCAUUUUCUUUAUAUCACCAACAAUUGUUACAAGUUUAUCAUUUGCCUAUUAUAUUUUUAUUCAAAAACAAGAGUUAACAAGUCCAGUUGCAUUUACAGCUCUAUCACUAUUCGCUUUAUUGAAAAUUCCAUUAGAUCAAAUGGCAAAUAUGUUAAGUUAUGUCGUUCAAUCAAAAGUUUCAUUAGAUAGAGUUCAAACUUUCCUAGAUGAACCAGAUACUAAAAAAUAUGAACAAUUAACUGUGCCAGUUGAAAAAAAUAAAUUAUCUUUCAAAAAUGCUACUAUGUCUUGGGGUAAUGAUAAUGAUUCAUUUAAAUUAAGAAAUUUAGAUAUUGAUUUUAAAAUUGGUCAAUUGAACGUUGUCAUUGGUCCAACAGGCUCUGGUAAAACUUCUUUAUUAAUGGCUUUAUUGGGUGAAAUGACUUUAACGGAAGGUCAAAUUAAUAUUCCAAGCUUAGACCCACGUCAUGAUUUAAUUAUCGAAAGUGAUGGUCAUACAAAUUCGAUAGCCUAUUGUUCUCAAGCUGCAUGGUUAUUAAACGAUACGGUGAGAAAUAAUAUUUUAUUCAAUAGUCCUUAUAAUAAAGAUAGAUAUGAUGCUGCUAUUGUUGCUGCAGGCUUAAAGCGAGACUUUGAAAUCUUGGCUGCAGGUGACUUAACUGAAAUUGGUGAAAGAGGUAUUACGUUGUCCGGUGGCCAAAAGCAAAGAAUAUCGUUAGCCAGAGCUUUGUAUUCCAAUGCUAGGCAUGUUUUAUUGGACGAUUGUUUAAGUGCUGUUGACGCUCAUACUGCUGCUUGGAUUUAUGAUAAUUGUAUUUCUGGUCCUUUGAUGGAAGGUAGAACCUGUGUAUUAGUCUCUCAUAAUAUCGCAUUAACUUUAAAGAAUGCAUCUUUAGUUGUUAUGUUAAAAAAUGGUAGAGUGGCUGAUCAAGGUGAUCCAGUAACUUUAUUAAAUAAAGGUGCAUUAGGUGAAGAUGAGUUAGUCAAGAGUAGUAUACUUUCAAGAAAUGUUUCAUUUGCUAGUGUUCAGAAUUUAGCCAAUAAAUCCAAGCCAGUUGAUGCUAAAAAGAAAACGGAUGAAGAAUUAUCUAAAGCUGGAAAAUUAGUUGAAGAAGAAACUAAAGCCGAAGGUUAUGUUAGUCCAAAAGUUUAUAAAUGGUAUUUUGAUAAUUUCGGUGGUUUGAAAGCUGUCAGUUUCUUAGUUGCUAUUUUCUUUGUAGCACAAGGUAUGUAUAUUGUUCAAACCUGGUGGGUUCGCGAUUGGGUAGUUCAAGAUGUAAAAGCUAAAUUUAAUGAAUUAGCUAACACAGUUUCCGGCUUAACAAAGAACUUUAUGUCCAUUAAUUCUAUUGUAAUUUCGUCAUCAUAUUCUAAAACUUCCAGCCAUUCUACUGCUUAUUAUUUAUCCAUUUACUUCGGUAUCGGUGUUCUUCACUCAUCUAUCUUUGCUAUUAAGGAUAUUUUAUGUACGUAUGCUGGAUUAGCUGCUUCAAGAAAAAUGUUUAAUUCGUUGUUGAAAAAUAGUUUACAUGCAAAGUUACGUUUUUUUGAUUCUACUCCACUAGGUAGAAUUAUGAACCGUUUCUCGAAGGAUAUUGAAGCUGUAGAUCAAGAAGUGCCAAUGUAUCUGGGAGGUACCUUCGCUUGUCUUGUUGAAUGUUUCUCCAUUAUCGUUUUAAUUACCUUGAUUACUCCACAAUUUUUAGGGGUUGCUAUAUUUAUCGCAGUUUUCUAUUGGUUUGUUGGUGCUGUUUAUAUUUCUGGUUCUCGUGAAUUAAAGCGUUUUGAUUCGAUUACAAAAUCACCAAUUUACCAACAUUUCUCAGAAACUUUAGCAGGUAUUACUACAGUUAGAGCAUAUGGGGAUGAAAGUAGAUUUAUGAGAGAAAAUCUGGAGAAAAUUGAUGAAAAUAAUAAGCCAUUCUUUUAUAUGUGGGUUUCAAAUCGUUGGUUAUCCUUUAGAACCCAAAUUAUCGGUGCAUUUGUUAUUUUAGGGGCUGGUGGAUUUUCAAUUUGGAACAUUAACAAAAUUGAUUCAGGUCUUGCUGGUAUCUCAUUAACUUAUGCUUUAACAUUUUCAGAUGCUGCUCUGUGGUUAGUUAGAUUUUAUGGUGAUACCGAAAUGAAUAUGAACUCUACUGAGAGAAUCCAGGAAUAUAUGAAUAUUGAUCAAGAACCAUAUAAUGAAGGUACUGUGGAACCACCAGCAGAUUGGCCAGAAAACGGUAAAAUCGAAAUUAAUGAUGUUUCCUUACGUUAUGCUCCAAAUUUGCCAAGAGUUAUUAAAAAUGUUUCUUUUACAGUCGAUAGUAAGUCUAAGGUAGGUAUUGUUGGAAGAACUGGUGCAGGUAAGUCUACUAUAAUUACUGCUUUAUUCAGAUUCCUAGAACCUGAGACUGGUAAUAUUAAGAUCGAUAACAUUGACAUCGUUUCCAUUGAUUUGCAAAAAUUGCGUCGCUCUAUCUCUAUUAUUCCACAAGAUCCAACUCUGUUUACUGGUACUAUUAGAAGUAACCUAGAUCCAUAUACCCAAUAUUCUGAUAAAGAAAUUUUUGACUCUCUAAUAUGUGUCAACUUAGUCAGCAGAGAAGAGCUGGCACAAGUUCAGUCCCCUAGUUCAAAUGAUACAUCAUCAAUUGUAUCUGAAAAUUUUAAUCAUUUCUUAGAUCUUGAAUAUAAUGUCUCAGAAGGUGGUAGUAAUAUAUCUCAAGGUCAAAGACAAUUAUUAUGUUUAGCUCGUUCAUUACUUGGUAAGCCAAAAAUUAUUUUGUUAGAUGAAGCUACUGCUUCAAUUGACUAUGAAUCUGAUAAAAAAAUUCAAGAAACUAUUAGAAAUGAAUUCGGUAAUAGUACAAUUUUGACGAUUGCUCACAGAUUAAGAUCUGUUAUUGAUUAUGAUAAGAUUUUAGUCAUGGAUGCUGGUGAAGUUGAAGAAUAUGAUCAUCCAUAUUCUUUGUUACUAAACAAGAACAGUAUAUUUUACAGUAUGUGUGAGCAAAGUGGUGAAAUAGAUAUUUUAAUAGAACAAGCUAAAAAAGCUUUCGUCGAUAAGCUAAGCUCUAAAUAA